AUGCUCGGGGUGGCGGCGGGGUCCGGCGUGGCCCGCAGGGUGGCCUCGCCCCCCGGCCUCGGCACUAGAGCCCUGCCCGGCCGGCGUCCCGACCUUUGUGUUCACGUCCACCGGUCGCCCCUCGGGGUGGCCGGGGCUCCGCGGGAGAGGAGCGGAGAGGAAGCCUGUUGCGGAGAGGCUGGCGGCGCGGGCCGGGAGGGGCCUCGGGCGCGGGCCGCGUUUCUCUUCCGUGCUUUACGAGGGCGCUGUGUUUUCGGUGUCGCCGUAGGGAUCGAGCCCUUGCCGAACGUGGUGGAGUUGUGGCAGGCGGAGGAAGGGGAACUCCUGCUGCCCACUCAGGGUGAUUCUGAAGAGGAUGUGGAGGAGUCGUCUCAAGAACAGAGUUUCUCAGACAAACGUUUUAGUGGAAAAGGCUUACGUUUUCAGCCAUCAGUUCUAGAUUUUGGAAAACAGCUCCUGGGACAUCCUGCAGCAGAGAUUCUUUAUGCUUACAACCCUAGUAGGGAUAGUGAGGUUGUGGUGAACUCAGUGUUUACAGCUGCUGGACAUUUUCAUGUGCCUCCUGUUCAUUGCAGGGUAAUUCCAGCUAUGGGGAAAACGUCCUUUAGAAUUAUUUUCUUACCUACUGAAGAAGGAAGCAUUGAAAGUUCUUUAUUUAUUAACACUUCUUCAUAUGGAGUCCUUUCCUAUCAUGUGUCUGGAGUUGGCACUCGCAGGAUCUCUACAGAAGGCUCCACAGAGCAGCUGCCAGAUGCUCAUUUUCUGCUUCCACAAGUCCAGAGCAUUCAGCUUUCACAAACACAGGCAGAAACCACUAACACCAGCCUCUUGCAGGUGCAUCUGGAGUGCAGUUUACAUAAUAAAGUGUGUCAGCAAUUAAAGAGUUGUUAUCUGGAAUCUCAUGAUGUUUUACAUUUACAAAUGAGCAUAAUUGUAACAAUGGAAAACUCCUCAAAAGCAUUUGAAGAAAACACUCAAGAUUUGUUAGAUCAUCUCUCCAUUGUUUAUGUAGCAACAGACAAAUCUGAAAGCUCAGAUGAUUCGGCAGUGAAUAUGUAUGUAUUACAUUCAGGAAACGGCCUUAUAUGGAUACAGGAUGUGCAUCAUCUCUCACAAGGGGAUGCUUUGUCUCUGCAGUUUAAACCAGUAUUGCUACCUACUUCUGCGACGAACUUCACCAAAAUUGCCUCUUUUACUUGCAAAGCAGCUACAACAUGUGACAGUGGAAUUAUAGAAGAUGUGAAGAAGACAAAAACCACUCCAACACUAAAAGCAUGCCUCUCAUCCCCAGUGGUGCAUGGGUAUUUCAGAGUGGACUCCUCUGCAGCCCGGUUUCACAUAGAGAGUCAUGAGAACACGUCAGGAGUGUGGUCCAUAUGGUGCCUCAACCAUUUUGACCCAGGUGUUGUGUUAAAGGAUGUGUUUAUUUCCAAGGAAACCAAGCACAUUUUAAAGAUUCUGAAUUUCACUGGCCCUUUAUUUCUACCUCCAGGCUGUUGGAAUGUAUUUUCUUUGAAACUUGCUGUUAAAGACAUUGCCGUAAAUAUAUUCACCAAUGUAUUUUUGACUACAAACAUAGGUGCCAUUUUUGCAAUACCUCUACAGAUUUUCUCAGCACCAAAUAAGGAAGGGAGUCUGGGUUUUGAAGUGAUAGCACAUUGUGGCAUGCAUUAUUUCAUGGGAAAAUCAAAAGCAGAGAGACCUAACUGGCAUAGGAGCCUUUCUCUGGAUCGGUCUACCUGGGAUAUGGAUUCAGAACUUGCAAAUAAAUUGUAUGACAAGUGGAAGAAAUAUAAGAAUGGCGAUGUCUGUAGGGGGAAUGUUUUAGGAAAGAGUCAGUUUGCCCACUUCAGAAAGUCCAAGGAACCGGAACCCUUCCCUUUCUUUUUGCCUCGUUUGGUUAUGGAGCCUGGCCUCAUGUUGCGCUUCAGUGCGACUGCCCUUCGGAACAGUGUGGUGAAGUACUUCAUGGUGAGGAACCCGUCCUCCCUGCCAGUGUCCUUGCAGCUGCUGCCUCUCUCUUUGUACCCCAAGCCGGAAGCUGCGGUGCACCUACUGCACAGAUGGUUUGGCACUGAUAUGCAGAUGAUUAAUUUCACAACGGGUGAAUUCCAGCUCACCAAAGGUUGCCUUUACCGGGGAAGGCAUGCUGAGGAAGCCAGGGUUGCCACUCUUCACUUGGACUUGCAGCCUCUGGAAAUGAGAAGGGUUGGUGUCGUUUUCACACCAGUGGAUUAUGGAAAAGUUACCUCACUCAUACUGAUCCGGAAUAACUUGACGGUUAUUGAUGUGGUUGGUGUGGAAGGAUUUGGAGCAAGAGAGCUGCUUAAAGUGGGUGGACGACUUCCUGGCCCAGGAGGGUCACUCCGCUUUAAGGUGCCUGAGUCCACACUGAUGGAAUGCCACCGACAACUGAAAGACAGCAAGCAAAUUUUAUCUAUUACAAAGAACUUUAAAGUCGAGAAUAUUGGACCGCUUCCUAUAACUGUGUCAUCACUGAAAAUCAGUGGCUAUAACUGCCAAGGGUAUGGAUUUGAAGUGCUGGAUUGUCAUCAGUUUUCCUUGAACCCAAAUACAUCGCGUGACAUCAGCAUUGUGUUUACUCCCGACUUUACCUCUUCCUGGGUCAUUCGGGAGCUAAUGCUGGUGACCACAGCUGACCUGGAGUUCCGCUUCACCCUCAACGUGACCCUCCCUCACCACCUGCUGCCCUUGUGUGCAGAUGUGGUUCCUGGGCCCAGCUGGGAGGAGUCCUUUUGGAGGCUCACAGUCUUCUUUGUCAGUUUGUCCCUGUUAGGUGUCAUUUUGAUAGCUUUCCAACAAGCACAGUACAUCCUUAUGGAGUUCAUGAAAACAAGACAGAGGCAAAACAUUAGCUGUUCCUCACAGCACAACGGUGGUCCGGUAGACAUCAUCAGCUCCCAUUCUCACAAAAGUAAUUGCAAGAACUUUCUUGAAACGUAUGGCCCCUCAGAUAAGGGCAGGAGCAAAAGCUGCCUUCCAGUGAGCACUCCACAGAGCAGAACACAGAACGCCCCCAAGAGGAGCCCGGCCACUCAUGGCCAUUCUCAGAAGAAGCAUAAGUGCUCGGUCUACUACAGUAAGCACAAAGCCAGCAUGUCUGCAGCCAGCAACACCAGCGUUGCCCCUGAGGAGAAGCAGAUGUUGACUUUGGGGAGCUCCCUGUCUUCUGUGAAAGAAGACCUUUGCACUGAUGUUGUGGGUGAGAGCUGGGUCAACCUCAAAUAUGCAAGUGGCGUGCAUGUCAAUCUGCAACAGAAUUUAACCCUCCCCAAAAACUUACUGAAUAAAGAUGAAAACACACUGAAAAACACAGUUGUUAUCAAUAAUAGCACUUCUUCAGAAUUCAGUCUGAAGGAUGGAGUACAGACAUGUGUGUUUCCUAAGGAAACUGACAUUAAAACUUCAGAAAACAUAGUUGAGCUCAAGGAACGAGAGUUCUAUCCACUGAAGACCUCUAAGAAACUACCUGAAAAUCCUUUGGCAAGAAACUCAACCCAGCACCAGCAGUCAGAUUUGCCAGAAGUUUCCAGGAAAUACAAUGGAAAUAACCAGCAAGUGCCUGUCAAGAAUGAAGUAGACAGUUGUGAAACUUUGAAAAAGGUUGACACUAAGUCUUCAGAAAAGAAGAUUCACAAAGCAUCUAAAGAAGAUGUGUGUUCUGAGAAACAGGACAUGCCUUCAGUGGAGCAAGAAGAUUCUUAUAGAACAAAGAAGCUUCAGGAGAAAAGAGAAGGAAAUGUGCAAAAUCUAAAUUGGAAUAAAAAUCGAACAUGUAGAAAAAACAAGAAAAGGGGCACUGCUGCUCAGGUCUCGAGGCCUUCUGAACAGAGUGAACUAAAGCUUGUGUGUAGUGACUUUGAGAGGUCUGAGCUGAGUGGAGAUGUCACUGUAAGAAGCUGUUGUAUGCAGGAAAACACCCGGGAGCUUCCUAAAGCAGAUUUAAUGACCGCUAACAGCUCACCCACUGCACAAAGAGAGACAGAGGGUUACUGCCAGAAGCCCGAGCAGCAACACACAGACAAGAUUUGCUCCGAUUCCAGCUCCGAAAGUGGGAGCUCCUCAGGCAGCGUGCGUGCCAGCCGGGGCAGCUGGGGCAGCUGGAGCAGCAGCGGCAGCUCCGACAGCGAUCGGAAGCCAGUGGUGGACUCUCAGCUCUUCCUGCUGUCUGGAGACAGUGUUUCCCAAAGUGAUCUUCCUUCUGGAAUGCCUCUCACCCUGAACCUUUCCCACCACAUCUGCAACCCCACAGACUUGACUCACCUCCAGCCAUAUGCAGAGCCUUCCUGCCCUGGCCUUCCUGCUGAGCCCACAGCUGUCCAGGAGGAGAAAGGGCCUUGCAGAAUGUGGGCCCUCACGCCAAGUGCGUGCUCUUGCUGUCCACAUCAAAAUGUGACCUGCAUCAUCUGCAGUGAAGGUCUGUAUCCGUCUGGAGAGCUGUGGCCGCCCCAGUCAGCACGUGUGUCCAACAGCUUGAGCUGCGCCCUGGAGAACAGCGCAGCUGGCAUAGUCCGGGAGCCUGCCGCAGUCCCUGACAGCAGUUUCAUUGACUGGAGUGCGACUUGUGAAGGCCAGUUUCCCAGUGUAUACUGCCCGCCAGAACUGAGCGACUACAAUGACUUUCCGGAAGAAAAUCUGAGUUAUGCAAAUGGGUUUCCCUGUCCUGCGGUUCGGACUGACUUUAUUGAUCACAACUCUCAGUCUACCUGGAACACAGAACCCACCCUGCCAGCUAACUGGGACCAGGCUGGCUUCGUCAGCUCACCGCCCUACCUCACCAGUACCCGAAGCUUGUCUCCAAUGUCUGGACUUUUUGGUUCCAUCUGGGCCCCACAGAACGACAUGUAUGAAAGUUGCUGCCCUGUCAGUCCCAGCACGGAACACACAACCCACAUGGAAAACCAGGCGGUCAUGUGCAAGGAGUACUACCCUGGCUUUAACCCCUUUCGUGCCUACAUGAACCUGGACAUAUGGACUACUGCGGCAAAUCGCAAUGCAAACUUCCCGCUGUCCAGAGACUCAAGCUACUGUGGGAACAUGUGAAAGAAAUGCAGUUUUAAUGUGAAUAAAGAGGCUUGUGUUUUGGUUUCUAGUGUAAACUGGUUGUUGAGAUAGAUUAUGACGUUGCGGAUAUUUUGGCACUUUUAUAUGAAAAUAAAUUUUUUAAUAAAAUCUGGGUGCUCUAUUUUUUAACCCUUUAAUUCAGUGGCAGAGACUGCACCCUGUCAUAGCUUUGAGAACCUGAGAAGCAUGAGACACCCAGCACCUCAGAGCAGGGAGGCGAAGGAAGUGAGGUUGGGAGGCUGCCUUUCUCUUCCCUGAGCAUCAGCCCCUUGGGGGAGCUCUGACCAAGGCGAGGAGCCCAGACCGGGGCUUCAGAUCACAAGGACCAAUGGCUCAGGCAGUCUGGACUUUUCUGUACGUUCUCAGCAGUGGACUGACACCAGUCCCUGUUGAGAACAGCAAUCAGGAAAGGCCAGCGUAGCCCGUCACUUGGAUGCUGCUGAGGCCAGAGGGGGGCUCUCUUGGGCCUGAUGCACCUGGCUGCUGGGAGGAAGCAGGCCUAGUGCCGUCCUCUAGUCCCGGAUCGGGAUGUGGCUAGGUGCUUCCCUCUCUGACCAGGCCAGAAACAGGCAAAGCCAGCAGGCAGGCCUUUGCUAAGUGGUGCACCCCUCCCCAGUGAGCAGGUGCACCCCAAACACACAUGCACGGAGCAGGGCGGACAGCUGGGGCCUUUGCCAGAUGGGUCUGUGUCUCUUGUCAUGGGCUUAAGUACGUAUUAUGAUGGAACAUCCACUUGCCAUGUGUACACUUGGAAAACAUCUUGAACUUUUAA